GCCAUAAGUUAUUUUGCGAGAUAUAGCAUGAAGCAGAGAGGGAUAUACGCUCUCUCUCGAUCAAGCUUUUGUACCAAAAAUCAUGGAGCAAAUGGGUACCAAGAGCCUUCCUUGGCAGAUCCUUUUGGAGCUCAAGAUGCUCCUCCUACUUCUGAACAGAAAUUAGCCAAAGCUGAGGUAGAAGAAGAAACUGUCAUUGAUGUAGCAGAAGAAAUUACUGGGCUUGGCCACUUCUCAAAAUCACUUGAAUUCAUAAACAAGAGAGAUUAUAAAAAUGCAGAUUUAGAACUGAAGAAGUCACUAAAGGAAAUUAAGGAUAAGAAGCAAGAUAAGUCCCUCGUAUAUCUCCAUGUCCUCAACAAAUUGGCUUAUGUAAACUUUUUAUCCCAAAAGAUGCCACAGGCUGAACGGUACUUCACUAUCUGUAAAGAUAUGGUGACAAAAAUUCCUGAUGUCCAAGAUAAUGGGUUUGCCUUCCAUAAUUCCCUCCUUGAAUUUUACUUAAACACAAAUCUAAGUAAAGCAAAAGAGAUGAUUGAUAAUAUGUUGGAGAUGGAUUUUACUGCACAAAAUCUGAAGAGGACCAGAUUCUCACUUGGGAAUUACUAUCUCCUUAACAAAGAGUUUGAGAAAUCCUCCAGCGAAUAUAGAAGUAUCCUAAAAAUGGUUCCUGAUGAGCGUCUUAAAGGCUUCGUUUUCAAUAACAUGAACAUCUCUGAUAUCCGGUUGUCUGAAAAGGAAGGGAUUACUGAGGCAAAACAGACAGAUUUCGUUAAUAUUUUCAAAGAAUCCAUUUCCAUUCUCGAAGAUAUUCCUCAGAUUAGAGCAACGAACCCUGCCACUGACAUCGAGAAGGAAAUAUCAGAGGAGAUCCUGGACUUUAAAACUGUAAUCCCAUCGAAUUAUAGUGUUGAAAAUGGUGAUAGAUACACAGGAGUUUUUAAGAAUAGGGAUUCAGGCAGAGUUAUAACCAAUAUGGUUGAAUUCUUGUUAUUUCACAGUAAGACACCUAGUGAUAUCUCAUUCUGGUUCAAGAUUGGCCUAGACUUCCAUCAAAACGUAGCCCCUGAGAAAAUAGAUAGAUUUUUAACCUAUCUUGCAGUCUUUUACUCCUCAAAUCAGCAAGUUUCUGUGGCGGAGAAGAUUUUUAGGGAAGCACUGACCAAGAUGGAAAAAGAUUUCUCAUAUACCAAAGCAAUGGGACUAAAUAUGUAUGGAAGGAUGCUCUUGAAGCAUCCUAAAAGGAAAGUCCAGGCUUAUACUCUCCUGAAGCAGAGUGAAAGAUUGAUGUCGAUACUCCCCUACUGGUACGACAACUUUGAGAAUAUAUUCACAAUGGAAAAUAUCGAAUAAUCGGAUUAACAAUG